UUCAGAUCCUAAGUAUUAUAUUUGUCCAUUGACUAAUUGUGCUUAUGAUUCGUCAUACACAGAUUGCUUUCAUGACAGGAGGAUCGGAAUCUUCUGAGUCUACCUUAACGUGCGUUCAAUGUAGCAAACCUGCGCAUCUUCAGUGUCCUAAAUGUGUGGAACUAAAGUUUCCUCGGGAAAGUGCAUCAUUUUGCUCCCAAGAUUGUUUUAAGGCAUCAUGGAGUUCUCAUAAAGCAGUUCAUUCAAAGACAAAGCUGACAAGUACUUCAACUGUUGGGGAACAAGAUGCUGGUUCUCUUAAUGAUGGUUGGUUAUAUUGUUUGAGAAAAGGGCAGGAUAGGUCACCAAAUGCUCCCCAUUUUGAUUGGACGGGAACACUUAGGCCAUAUCCGAUAUCUAAAGGGCGUGUUGUACCUGCUCAUAUUGAUCUACCGGAUUGGGCAUUGGAUGGAAUCCCAAAAAUUGAGCCUAACAGUAAGUUGCAAUAUGUUAUUGAGAUAAAAUCUCCAGAUAUAAUUUCUAGAAUGAGAGAGGCUUGCAGAAUUGGUAGAGAAGUUUUGGAUGCAGCUGCUUGUGUCAUUCGUCCUGGUUUGACUACAGAUGAAAUUGAUGAAGUUGUUCAUGAAGCAACAAUUGCUGCUGGGGCAUAUCCUUCUCCAUUAAACUACAAUUUCUUUCCAAAGUCAUGCUGCAUCUCUGUUAAUGAAGUAAUAUGCCAUGGUAUUCCAGAUGCAAGGAAACUGGAGGAUGGGGAUAUUGUAAAUGUUGAUGUAUCAGUCUGUUACAAUGGUGUCCAUGGAGAUUUGAAUGAAACAUUCUUUGUUGGCAAUGUUAAUGAAGAUUCUCGGCGUCUGGUCCAGUGUACUUAUGAAUGCUUGGAGAAGGCAAUAGCAUUAGUGAAACCGGGGGUUCGUUUCAGGGAAAUUGGGGAAGUAGUCACUCGACAUGCUUCGAUGUCAGGGUUCUCCGUGGCGAGAUCUUAUUGUGGUCAUGGCAUCGGAGAGCUCUUCCAUUGUGCACCAAAUAUUCCUCAUUAUUCAAGAAAUAAAGCUGUUGGCAUUAUGAAAGCUGGGCAAAUUUUUACCAUAGAGCCUAUGAUCAAUGCUGGUGUUUGGCGUGAUAAGAUGUGGCCUGAUGGCUGGACUAAUGUUACGGCUGAUGGAAAACGUAGCGCUCAGUUUGAGCACACUCUUUUGGUGACUGAAACAGGCGCUGAAGUUCUAACAGCACGUUUGCCAUCAUCACCUAACAUAUUCCCUUGGCUUAACUAAUAAUAGUAAAAUUUCUGACUUUUUGAAGUUACUAUGAAUUUGGAUAUAUAUAUUUUUUGAAAGGAAAUUCAUACAAGUACAAUAAUUGAACAAAAAUAAAUUUUGAAUUGGUACUUGACA